GAUUUUGAAAACGGAAAAUACCGCCAUUCCGUCUAUGGCUUUAACCAACGCAGCUCUCACUCCCAUAUCCGGAUUCCAAUCUUGUUCGCACUUUUCAUUUCUUCAUUUGGAAACAAAACAAAAAAGAGAAAAAAAAAAGAAAUCCCCAAAUCAAUUGAAUCAUGUGCGACGAAGGAAACAGCGUCUACACCACGCGCUCGACGAAGAAGCGAGCCUCGGCGGCGGAGGCCCUGAAAGUUCCGGCGUCCAAGAAGCAGCGAUCCGUACUGGGAGAGAUCACCAACUCGCCGGAUCUCGUUUCGGUUCCGAAAUCGGCACCGAAGAAACCGAAAAUUGAGUCGCAGAAGAAGGAAGAGGAGGAGGGACUCGAGACGGAGAUUGGUGUGGGCUCGAUUGAUCCGGUCAAAUGUGCUUACUCGCCUUCUAUGUAUAAGCAUCUUCAUAUAUUGGAGGUGGAGGUGAAGAAUAGACCAUUAUGUGGUUACAUGGAGAAGGUGCAGAAUUGUAUUUCAGAACACAUGCGAGAAGUCCUGGUGGAUUGGUUGGUGGAGGUUGCGGAGGAAUACAAGUUUGUUUCAGACACCCUUUAUCUUACCGUAUCAUAUAUUGACAGAUACCUUUCUUCACACGUUAUCAGCAAGAACAAGCUACAGCUUCUUGGUGUUGCGUGCAUGUUUAUUGCCUCGAAGUACGAAGAGAUUUGUCCUGCACGUAUUGAAGAGUUCUGCUAUAUAACAGAUAAUUCCUACAUGAUAGAAGAGGUGUUGGAAAUGGAGAAAGAUGUACUCAAAUUCUUGAACUUUGAGAUCUAUACUCCCACAACAAGGAGUUUUCUCAGAAUCUUCGCAAGAGCUGCUCAAGAGAAUUCCAAAUCUUUGGGUCUGCAGUUUGAAUUCUUGGGUGGUUAUCUUGCGGAACUAAGUUUGCUUGACUAUUGCUGUGUUCGAUUCCUACCAUCAGUUAUUGCUGCAUCGGCGGUUUUUCUUACAAGGUUCACAAUCCAGCCUGAGGUUCAUCCCUGGAGCUGGAACUUGCAAUGCUAUUCUGGUUAUAAACCAUCUGAUUUACAAGAUUGUGUCCUUGCCCUUCAUGACUUGCAGCUGAAUAAAAGAGGAAGCAAUUUGCGAGCAGUUAGAGAUAAAUAUAUGCAAGCAAAGGUGUUGGAAAUGGAGAAAGAUGUACUCAAAUUCUUGAACUUUGAGAUCUAUACUCCCACAACAAGGAGUUUUCUCAGAAUCUUCGCAAGAGCUGCUCAAGAGAAUUCCAAAUCUUCGGAUCUGCAGUUUGAAUUCUUGGGUGGUUAUCUUGCGGAACUAAGUUUGCUUGACUACUGCUGUGUUCGAUUCCUACCAUCAGUUAUUGCCGCAUCAGUGGUUUUUCUUACAAGGUUCACAAUCCAGCCUGAGGUUCAUCCCUGGAGCUGGGACUUGCAGUGCUAUUCUGGUUAUAAACCAUCUGACUUACAAGAUUGUGUCGUCGCCCUUCGUGACUUGCAGCUGAAUAAAAGAGGAAGCAAUUUGCGAGCAGUUGGAGAUAAAUAUAUGCAAGCAAUGGUAAUGUAGUUUUACGUUCAGUUUUAAGUGCGUAGCAACACUGUCUUCACACACUGAGAUUCCUGCACAUUAUUUUGAGGCCAUCAACUAAGUGCUAGAUUUGCGCAUGGGCUAUGGCUUGAGAAAGUUUGUCUUAGGUCCGAAUGUUAUUGUUUUGUGAAGAAGGAAAAGCAGCAAGAUGCUGAAUGAAGCUGACUCCUGAAGUCUGACCUAGUUUUGAAGAAUUUCUUCAACACAUUUCCUAGUAAGAGCUGGCUGCUGAUAAACUUGAAGCUGCUGAUGGAGCCUAAAGACUUCCGAUUACACUGAAUAGGUUGUUUGGGACACAUUAUUUUUGACUGCACUAAUUUUGACCAGAUAUUUGUAAAUUGUGGUGGCCCUGAAAUCCAGGAUUACUAGUAACUUUUUUGAAGCAUCAAACUAUUGUUGAUGUCUGAACCCUCGACCCAAGUUUUGAUCUCCUCCGUUCUCCAACUUUGAAAGAAUUUCUAAGCACCUGUAUCUGUACUGUUGUUUAUGUGUAUGAUCUCACACGAUUCAGUAUGGAUUAUCAUGUUAAAUAUGUGAUUUUGAGAAUUCUGUAAGAUAUCUUAAAUAAAUAGAGAAACAAGUCAGA